AUGGCCUCGUCGUCAGUCCCUGACUUUGACAGCCUCCCUCCAGUGGCGGGAAUGCCACCUGGAUGUGCAUGGGGAGUGUUUGACAAGGACGGACAGAAGGACGUGUUUGGAACUUUGAACAGAACAGACCGUGCGACGGUUCUCGCAGCCGCCACCGAGAUCAAACAGGGCAUUAGCAUCUCUCUCAACUGGCGUCUGGGGGCGGUGAAGACUCCCGCCGCUAAUCGCAAGCCACUUGAGCACCGCAUCAUAUCAUUUAUGGACACGCCUAUGCGAUUUCAUGGGUAUGACGACGAGCAUAUCGCAUUCAACACGCAAUGCAGCAGCCAAUGGGAUAGUCUCUGCCACUUCUAUCACCAAGAAUCCGCGUCUGGAUACAACGGAUGCCAACCCACCAGCCAAGACCUCAUCCAAGGCUGGGGGGAUGAGGACAAUGAAAAGAAGCUGCCGACGCUGAACCAUUGGCAUGACCGAGGCGGCCUCGUUGGCCGUGGCGUUCUCAUCGACUUCAAACGGUAUGCAGAAGCCAAUGGCAUCGAGUCCGACCCUUUCGGUGCCCACGAGAUCACGGUUUCCCGAAUAGAAGAGAUAGCAGCAGCCCAGGGAGUCACUCUCCAACCUGGCGACGUUUUCAUCAUUCGUACCGGGUAUACCGAAGUGCUUGAAGUGUCCACCCCAGAGAAGCAGAAAGAAUUGAUGGCUCGAUUCACCUGGGCCGGGGUUGAACAAACCAUUGAGGCAGCCAAGUGGUUUUGGAACAAGGGGUUCGCUGCCGUGGCCAGCGAUAACAUUGGAUUCGAGGUGGAAUACGGGAAAGGCGACCCCCCAGUGCUUCAUCCCUAUCUCCUGAGCCUAUUCGGCAUGCCUAUCGGAGAAUUGUGGGACUUGAAAGCCUUGUCGAAGCAUUGUGCAGAGACUGGGCGCUACAGCUUCUUUUUCACUUCCAUUACUUUAAAUGUACCUGGUGCUGUCGGCUCACCACCAAACGCCCUGGCGAUCUUCUAA